AUUUUUUUUUUCAAGGCACAGUUUUGACUAAAACCAGUAGUGAAGGGGAGAAGAAGUGGAGGAGGAACAGAUCUGAAAGCAGAGAAAUUUUCUUUGAAUUACAGGUCGUAUCAUCAUAUCAUGGUCUAAUUGACCAUCUAUCUCCUCCUCUCAGAUUAUUCCUUACAAAUUCUAAAAAUCCCAAAAUGCCUAGACCUUAUUUCUACAAGCUAAUUCUCGCUAAUACCAUUAGAGACAAGAAACUGAGAAUCCCUGAUAAUUUUGUCAAAAAAUUUGGAAAUGACUUAUCUGCAUUUGGGAGAAUCAGUGUUCCUGGUGGUCCUGUGUGGCCUGUAGGAUUAAUAAAAGCUGAUGACAAAUUCUGGUUUCAUGAAGGAUGGCAGGAAUUUAUGGAGAGUUACUCAAUACGCGUAGGAUAUUUUUUGGUUUUCAGAUAUGAAGGGCAUGCAGUUUUCACCGUUCAUAUAUUCAAUUUGUCUGCUUCUGAGAUAAGCUAUCAAUCUAACUCUCUAAGUGGCAGAAGAUAUCUUGCGUUUGAAGAAAUGGAAGACGAUGACUUAAUUGAAUACUUGAGUUCAUCAUCUCCGUUCUUAGUUCCUAAUUCUUUGAAAAGUAAGGUUUUUGAUAAACAUCUUGAUCAAAUGACAAUUAACAAAAGUUACAAUCCUCCAGCAUUGCAGAAUUUGUUCCAUGAGUCUAAACUUAACUACAUAAAUUGGUCUGGUGAAGGGAACCUGCACUCUUCAAAGGGUGCUAGUAUUUCACAUGCAACAAAUCAAGAUGCACGAGACGUAGGUGUUCAAUUUAAUGCGAUCGAGCAGAAAAAUUAUAAAGAUGAUGUGAAAUUUUAUAACCCAGAUGGAGAAAUACAAAAGCCCAAAAAGCCUGGAAGAAAGCGGAAAAACGAUCCCAAUGAGAUGCAGCCAGCAGCUUUACAAGGAGAUGAAGUUGAAAUGCGCUUUAGAUUUUAUCAAAGUGCUUCAGCAAGAAAGCGAACUGUGACUGCCGAAGAAAGAGAGAGAGCAAUAAAUGCAGCCAAAGCUUUUGAGCCUAUUAAUCCUUUCUGUAGGGUUGUCCUGCGACCAUCUUACCUAUACAGGGGUUGCAUUAUGUAUUUGCCUUCUUGCUUUGCUGAGAAGAAUCUAAAUGGGGUUUCAGGGUUUAUUAAACUCCAGUUUUGUGAUGGGAAGCAAUGGUCUGUCCGAUGCCUUUAUAGGGGAGGCAGGGCUAAAUUAAGCCAAGGGUGGUAUGAGUUCACUUUGGAGAAUAAUUUGGGGGAAGGAGAUGUUUGUAUCUUUGAGCUGAUGAGAUCAAGGGAUAUUGUGCUGAAAGUUACUGUAUUUCGCGUUCUUGAAAAUGCCAGGCACAUGAACCGAUCUUGAAAAUAAAAUAUCAUCUUCACCAAACUAGAAAAUCUGCUGGCUGGUAAAUUUCCAAACCAAGAAACUUUGUCAAGUAACUCUUUCUGGGUGAUUGUCAAAAUGCUUUGGUUUUUAUACUAUGGUAUUUAAGUGUUGUUUGAUGUCUAUAACAUCUCAGAGCAAACUAGUGAAACUUUCCAUUGUUAGAUGUUUCAAUUAGAUAAUUUUAUGGUUUUCUAGGGCUGUAAAUAGAAUGUACAAUCAAGUGAUAUUUAACUAGACCACGACAUAUUUUAGGAAUAUUGUUUGGAUUGAAGUUUCAGUUUUUUAUUUACUCAUGGAUAGAUUGCUGCUUUAUGGUGUGACUUUGAUAGUGAGAAAACUUGUGAUACUUGUUUGACACCUUUUACAAAGGAAAAUAUGUUUUGAAAACUGGAAAAUUCUUGUUAUAUUGCCUGGUUUUCCAUCGCUUUUGCUUGUAAGUCUGUAUUGGGUUGUGUACAAUGCUUCAAUCUCAGUUGCUGAUUUAUCCAGCCAUGUAAUUUGCUAUUCAAAUUUGCCCCUUUGUUGAUGUGGGAUUAAUAGAGUUUGGUGCUUUGUCUUCCAAUCCCAAGUCUGUGUUAUCUCUCUUAUUUAUUUUUGUGGUUCUUAAAUGUAAAACAGUAUUCUAUAAACCCUGCCUUUCUUCUUGGUCUCCAUUCUUUUUGGAUAUUUGUAAUUGUACGUGAAUCUGAUGUUAAAUUUAAGACAAUACUCUUGAUGCAAUUAAGGAUUUUCUUUUUCAA